GUCAGGUACAUAGUGGGACCCACAUAAGAAGGUUGAGUGGUCUCAUGCACUUGUUAUAAGAGUUUGUAUUUGUUGCUUUGCACUUUUCAUAUUCCCCUUUGCUUCUCUGCUCGGAGGCCUGAGAGCCAGUUACAGUUAUUAAGUCCAUUUCAGGCAUAAGGUUGAUUUUUGAAAUCCCAAAGGGAGAAGAUGGACUAUGUCAAUGGACCUGGAAGGAACCACUUGUUUGUUCCGGGACCUGUCAAUAUCCCGGAACAAGUUCUUCGUGCUAUGAACCGGAACAAUGAAGAUUACAGGUCCCCGGCCAUUCCAGCUAUGACGAAGUCCUUGCUUGAGGAUGUGAAGCAGCUUUUCAAGACUACUAGUGGAACUCCAUUUCUGAUCCCAACUACAGGAACUGGUGCAUGGGAAAGUGCACUUACAAACACCUUAUCUCCUGGUGAUAAAAUUAUAUCCUUCCUCAUCGGUCAGUUCAGUCUGCUGUGGAUUGAUCAGCAGAAACGUCUCAACUUUGAUGUAGAUGUUGUUGAGAGUGACUGGGGCUACGGUGCAAACCUUGAGGUUUUGGCCUCGAAAAUUGCAGAAGAUAAGUCACAUACAAUCAAGGCGAUUUGCAUUGUGCAUAAUGAGACUGCCACUGGAGUUACCAACAACUUGGCUACUGUAAGGAAAAUACUCGAUCACUACCAGCAUCCUGCUCUUUUCCUUGUUGAUGGAGUGUCCUCAAUUUGUGCCCUCGAUUUUCGAAUGGAUGAAUGGGGUGUAGAUGUGGCACUUACUGGUUCCCAGAAAGCACUUUCCCUUCCCACCGGGCUCGGAAUUGUCUGUGCUAGCCCAAAAGCUCUUGAGGCUACCAAAACUGCAAAAUCAGUGAGAGUUUUCUUCGACUGGAAUGAUUACCUUAAGUUCUACAAGAUGGGAACUUAUUGGCCGUAUACUCCUUCCAUCCAACUUUUGUAUGGUCUGAGAGCAGCUCUCGACCUUCUUUUCGAGGAAGGCCUCGAAAAUGUGCUUGCAAGACACGCUCGCCUCGGCAAAGCAACAAGACUCGCCGUGGAGGCAUGGGGCUUGAAGAACUGCACUCAGAAGGAGGAAUGGUUCAGUGAUACCGUCACUGCUGUUGUUGUUCCUCCAUACAUCGACAGUGCUGAAAUUGUGAAAAGGGCAUGGAAGCGAUACAACUUGAGCUUAGGUCUCGGCCUAAACAAAGUUGCAGGAAAGGUUUUCAGAAUAGGACAUCUUGGCAACUUGAAUGAGUUGCAACUGCUGGGAUGUCUUGCUGGAGUUGAAAUGGUGCUUAAGGAUGUUGGUUAUCCAGUGAAGUUUGGUAGUGGAGUUGCAGCUGCUAGUGCCUUUCUGCAAAAUUCCACUCCACUUAUUCCAUCAAGGAUCUAAUCCAAUCGUUAUUAAAAGUAUACAAAAGCAAUGCAUGUAAAUUAUUCUCGUCAUGUUACUUUUGUUCACUGUUCAGAUACUGGUUGAGAAUAUUUUUGUAAAAUUGAACAAUUUCCUUGUUCUUCUUCUGACUAUAUGUAUUUUCUUUUUCUUUGGAA